AUGCCUUUCUCCUCUUCCUUGCAGCUUUGCACCGAGACACAUCCGUCAGCGGUCGCCACGGAAGCAUGUCUCGCAAGUAGUGAAGUACCAGAAAAACCACCAAAUUCUUCCGUGUGGUCGGAUUGUGACUGCGCGGCAAGGCUUAGAAACGAGAGCAGGAUCUGUGUUCCUGGAUCUCUGUCAUUGGUACAUGUACGAUCCUUGCGUCAAGAGCUGGCUGUAUGUGUCAAGACAAUGUUCCAGAUGGGCUUUUCGUCACGAAAAAGGACACCCGAAGACGGGAAUUGCAGUUUUUUCCAGCUGCUGGUGAACGUUCCCGAUGCCCAUAGAUAA